AUGCUAGUAGAAAAAGAGCUAACGAAGACAGACGUCGGUGUGAGGUUAUCCUUUCCAAUGAAGUCUCUAAAAGCUUUCGAAUUUCCUCAAGGGAAAGACAAGGUGGAAUUUGAAGCCAUAGAUAGCACGGGAAAAUCAUGGAUAUUUGGUCUCUCCAGAAGGAACAGUGAGCGACACAGCCACCCGAAGCCGGUUCUUUCUUCAGGUUGGCGUGCAUAUGUUCAGGCAAAGGGUCUGAAACAGAAUGAUAGGGUCAUAAUUCAUUACGAAAAGAGAGACAAAGCUCUGAAAACGAGAUUUAAAAUUCAAGCUCAGAGAAGAUCCCCCAAAAAAUUGAAGCUAUUUGGCAAGGAGGUCGAGAUUUGGGAUGAUUUGGAGAAUUUGCAGUCAGACGUUGCCGCUUGA